AUGCAUGCGGUUGUGCGCCGCCUGCCAGCCGUACGAGGCCGUUGUGGCGGGCUGUUCGCAAGGCGGCGCCGGCGCGCCAUCGUCGACAUCGUCGUUGGUGCGGGGUGUUCGAGUGCAAAACGCGCGUGCAGCUGGCGGUUCCCCUCCUUCCAAGCGCUCGGCGGCCACCUCGCUAGCCUAAAGAAGCCGCGCUUGUCGGAGGCCGGCGGCCACCCCCACAGCCAAGAUACCGCCGCCGCCUCUGCAAGCAAGCUGAGGGUGCAUGAGUGCUCCAUCUGCCGCUUCGAGUUCAACAUCAGCCGGGCCUUGGGCGGCCAUAUGAGGCGGCAUCACGGCGGAGAAGAAUGCCGGCGACGUUGA